AUGAAGACCCUCCGCAUUGUCUCAAGGGCGGCCGCGACCCGAGCUGGCCGCAAUCAUCCCUUGCAGCAUGGUGCAGUUUCUACGUGCAACAGACCUGCACAAGUCAGGCUGUAUAGCGAGACCUCAAUUGACAAGCCUAUCGAAGGCCCAAGAGACCUCCCCAACCCACUAGAAAAGGAGUCUUCCAAUCCCUCGACAAAAGGCCCUUCUACGUCGACCAGUCCGGUAGACGCCGGUGCAAUAGGAACAGUAACCGCAUCAACGGCCACGAGUGGCCUCGGUGCGACAUCAGGCGUGAAUACUGGAGAUACAUCGAUUGUGCCUCCAAACAGACAACUAAGGACAUUUAUGAAAAAGUUUACUCGCUCCCAUCCGGUUUCAUCAGACGGGUUUCGCGAAUUAAUGCGACAUGUCUCGCAUCCCGUUGUCAUUGUCACAUCACUAUCGUGGCCGAGACAUGAGGCUUGGACCAAAUAUGCGCCCCCAGAUGGAUCUCUAAGCGAAGCAAUGCCAUUGCAGGAAACCCUGAAGGACGAAUCACAAGAGCCCAACCACAACGUCGAGAACACCUCUACUUCUGCGACCCAGGUGGACCUAUCUUCAUCUAAGGACGUGGCUGCUGAAGAGCUGUCUACAUCCCAAGAAUCGACAACUCCUUGGCCAGUACCUCGCGCCAUGACCAUCAGCUCCUUUUCCUCCCUCAGCUUGAAGCCAACGCCAUCCGUCAUGUUUAACAUAAGCCUCCCCAGUCACACAUACGGUGCAAUUGCCUCUUCGCGCCGUUUCAAUGUACACGUACUCGCCGAUAACCAUGCAGGGGCACGCCUUGCUCACCACUUCUCUCAAGGCCAGUCCCAUUUAAAGCCAGAGAUCGACGGGGAACUAUUAAAACUUGCCGGCAAAUUCCAGGCAGACAUGCAAUGGAGAAAGCAGGUCGCGGAUAUGAAGCAAGGCAAAAGAAAAGGGGGCUGGGCCCCAGUGUCGCGUGACGCCGUACCUCGUAUACGAGACAGUGGCGUUCUGUACACGCUCCGAUGUAUCGUGCGGCUCUCUCACAACACUGAUUCGGGGAAAUCCUGGAAUCGUGGACUAAUCAGAAUAGACAAUCAUUCCGCCAUUGUCGUCGGCAACAUAGAGGACGUUGUCUAUGAAGAUGUAGACAGCGAUGGUCAUCCCCCUUCAGAGAACACUGUCGCAUUAUCAUAUGCGAAUAAGCAGUACAGGAGCACAGGGGAACCACUCGAUCCUUUAUGA